AUGUCGGAGGGUUUCGAUAUGAAAAAAAAAAAAAAAUUGUGUGCGAAUAAAGCUGCUGAAAAAGCGAAACACGUUCACCAUCAGCAACAAAGCUCUCAACAAUCUAAUAAUAAUAAUAACAGCUUACCUCACGGCGGGGCGAGCGUUUCAGUCAUAACGCAUGCCCCCUCGGUCGGUGUCCCCCAUCAUACGUCGGCGCACCAUGCGGCGGCGGCAGCGGCGGCGGCAGAACGGGGGACAACGGCGUAUAGUAUUAGUGGCAUUUUAGGAAUACCUCAUCCCGAUCCAAAUGGAAACAUACCCAAAAGAAAAAGGGAAGAAAUUCAUCCGAAUGAUAACAGAGAACAACAACAGCUCAACGGUCAUCCGGAUGAAGAAAUAAAAAGACAAAGAACUCAAUAUAACGGUGAUCAAUUAUAUUCGAACCUUUGGCCGAGUAAGUGGAGUAUAAAAGAAGAACAUAAACUUCUUUCCGAACUGAAUAGCGGCGGAGGUGGAGGUGGCGGUGGUGGCGGCGGCGGCGGCGGAGGUGGUGGCGGUGGAGGAAACGGAAACAGUCCUUAUUACGAUGGCCAAAGUUUUCCGUCAUCAACGACGGCGACUGAUAUUUACGAUACUAUGCAACAGACUGGUCCUGUAUAUACUCCUCCGAUACCUUCUUCAUUAGGUGGGUCAUUAACUCCGUUGGCGCCGAUAACGAUGCAAGAAAUAAAAUUGGAUCCAUCAAUAUCGCCUUAUAAUCAAGAAAAUAACGGAGGGUAUGGAACUCCCGUCGAAGCAGCGGAUCCGCCACAUACCGGUAAUUCACCCGAUCCGGGAUUAACGACACUGCAACCUGGAAACGCACCUCCUUACACAAUGUUACCAACAUUUACGCAUUACGCAACACCAGCAGGAAGCGGAGGUGUUAGCGAUUACGGAUACAGCGGAGCUUAUUCUCAAUACACAACUUCUCCCUAUUCGACUUAUUCGUAUCCUACGGGCUCAACAGGACUUCUCAGAAAUCAAAAUCAAGGAAACAUUGAUGGUAAUUCGGAAGUCAUGUCGAGAUCGCCACUUGCUGCGACAAGAGCUAAUUCAGGUGCCAGCGCAUCAUCGCCGACAGAUAGCGCUUGCCAGGAAAAACCACAAUUAUCAUCCGCGGGUAUGUUUAUAGGAUGA